GUAUUACACAACCACAAUUGAUUAGUGCGAAAUUUGCUGAGAGUUUGGCUUUUUGCUGAUAGACAAAAUUCGUAAACAAAUAGCAAUCAGACUUGGCAAAGUCAAGAUCAUUAUAUUAGACUUCUUAGUAAUAUUUUAAAUAAAAAAUGUUUCGGACUUUGCAACUUGGUUCGCGUAUCCUAAUGCGUCAGCAAUCAAUGCCAAGACCUGUUCUACUUUCGGCAAAUUUCGCAACGGCAUUAAAAGGGGUAGAUGCAUCCGAUCCCAAAUAUACAAUGGAUCAAGUGAGGAGCGAGAUUAUACAGCAUUUGGGUUUAGAAAGAGGCUACCAUCCAAUACCAAAGAGUCGGGAACAUUUACUAAAGUAUACUCCAAAACCAGAGGAUUUGCCAGCGCGCUCAAUGCAGGAUUCAUUCACCUCAGCUGUACUACCACUAAGCACUGAUUUGCAACUGCAGGAUAAUUAUGUCUCUCAUUUGGGUAACGUACGUAUGGGCCGUUUAAUGGAAGAUUUAGACGCUUUUGCAGUUUGGGUCUGCCAUCAGCACGUUAAAGUGCCCACCUUACCCGAGAAUGUAAAUCUACCAUACACUUUCGUUACCAUUCUGGUCGACAAGAUUACAUUCAGCAAUUUGGCAACGGAUGUCAAGGAAGACAUACGUAUUUCCGGCCAUGUAUCUUGGGUAGGACGAAGUUCAAUGGAAAUUGUUGUUUGGUUGGAACAAAAGUACCAAGGCGUAUAUAAAAAGAUAACACGAGCCCUCUUUCUCAUGGCUGCACGCAAUGCUACUAAUACAGGAGCAGCACCAGUCAAUCCCAUUGUUCCAGCUACGGAGGAGGAAAAACAAAUACUUUCUGGUGGAGAGGCGCGCAAGAAACGCCGUCAAUUGUUACAAGCACAAUCCAUCUUUAAAGUGGAACCGAAUGACUUCGAACAAAGUUUAAUGUAUGAUAUCUAUAAGCGAACAACCCACACUAACACCAUGGAGUUGAACAAACGUUGGUUGCCAUCUAAUGCGCGAUGGAUGUCUGAAUGGAGUACAGUUACAACAAUACCGUCGUUCCCAGACAACCGUAAUGCGCAUAAUACGGUGUUUGGUGGUUUUCUAAUGCGUUUAGCUUUAGAAAACAGUUGGACCGCUGCUUGCCUCUACUCGGGUUCACGCCCCAAACUAACACAUAUUUGCGACAUAAGCUUUGAGAAACCAGUACCGGUUACAUCAUUUAUAAAAUUGACCUCUUACGUUGUAUAUACCGAAAUGAAUUAUGUACAAAUAAUGACAAUUGCUGAUGUCUUGGACACAAGUGGCGGUCAAGUUACUACAAAUUUAUUCUAUAGUACUUAUAAAGCUAACGACUCUGUACAUGAAAUACUACCACGAUCCUAUCACGAAACUAUGUGGUACAUUCAGGGCCGACGCAAGUUUAAAUAUGCCCUAGGAUUGGAAUAAAUUAUUUAACAAAUCAAUAGAAUAUCCAUAAAGAUGCUGAGCACGAUAUUUAUUUAAGAAUGCUUGUUUAUUUAUAUUUUUGACUGUUAUAAUGCUUUUUUUUAUUUUUACCUAAACAUAAUUUACUCAUUUAUGAUAUUAGAAGCUUUUUAUUAUUUGUAUGUUUAUUAAUGCGUAUGUACGGCGCGUACAAACCGUUACGAAUUGUAAAGUGCAAUAAAUUAAUUGAAUUUAAUUUGUUUACGUUUCAUUUAUGUGUUGACUGUCGUAUAUUAGUCAUUAGACCAUCGCCAUUAGAAUACAGGCGACCCGAAUUUUUAUCUGGCUAAGAACUUCGGCAACAUUCCUCAAAAUUAUUUAGGAAAUGUGUUCUGCCGCUACAACAACACGACAGAAGAAUGAUGAUUCUGCUUGCAAAUAUACCCAAGAACUAAUCUGAAUCUGAGAGCAUAUCCUUGGCCCAAGAUAUGAUUCCUUUAUAAAAAUUUGAAAUCUCUGCAUUUGUAGACACUUUCUAGGGUAGAGCGCUGAAUUUAUAGAUUCACAGUUAAAAUUCUUUCCAAUAGAUUAUCGUUGAAAACAAAAUAUUAUUUCCUGACUUCACCUCUACAUAAUUUAUUCCCAAAAAAUUCAUAACACCUUGUUUUCCAAUUUUUAAAAAUUGUGUAUUUUUUAUCUUUUAGUUUGUGUUGACAUAAAAAUUAAAAAACGGAAAUCCUAAAGAAAACCUGAAUGUUGUUCCACAUUCAUACACUUUACCCUAAUGCGUUUUUUAGAAUCGCAGGCGAUGAGGGUAUUGCGAAGAGUGCAAAGCGAACAUAUUUUGCAGAUAU